AUAUCUAUAACAUGUUUGGUUUGCCUUAAUGUGGGUGCGGGUGAACAAUGUCGAUCAACGUGAGAGUGCGGGAGUCAAGGGUGGUGAAGCCAUCAGAGGAGACACCUCGGCAUGCACUGUGGAUUUCCAACUUGGACGUGGUGAUAUCCAACACUCACAUGGGCAGCGUUUACUUCUACCGGAGGCAAACCGGUGUCCUUGAUGAUAACUUCUUCGAGCCGCGCGUGCUAAAGGACGCACUCAGCAAGGUCCUCGUGCCCUUCUACCCCAUAGCCGGUCGACUGACGCGAAACGAGGAUGGUCGGCUCCAAAUCGAUUGCAAUGCCGAGGGCGUGUUGUUUGUUGAGGCGGAGAGCAACUCCGUCGUGGAUGACUUUGGGGACUUUGCUCCCACCCUCGAGUUCCGGCGGCUCAUCCCCGCCGUUGAUUAUACCCCUGGGAUAUCCUCUUAUCCCCUCUUGGUCUUACAGGUUACAUACUUCAAAUGUGGUGGAGUGUCACUUGGUGUUGGCAUGGAACACCGGGUAGCAGAUGGAUAUUCUGGUCUCCAUUUCAUAAAUACAUGGUCUGAUAUCACUCGUGGCCUCAACCUCACAAUUCCACCAUUCAUCGACCGCACAUUACUGCGUGCUCGAGAUCCGCCCCGGCCUGCAUUCCCCCACAUCGAAUACCAACCCGGUCCGUCUAUGAAAACUCCUCUUGAUGCUGCUGAGAUGACACCAACAAUGGUCUCCAUUUUCAAGCUGACACCAGACCAGCUCAACACCUUGAAAGCUAAGUUUAAACAAGAUGGGAACUACACGAUCAAGUUCAGCUUAUAUGAAAUGUUGGCAGGUCAUAUAUGGCGAUGUGCAUGCAAGGCACGCCGACUCCCCGAUGAUCAAGAGACCAAACUGCAUAUCGCCACUGAUGGAAGGUCCAGACUGAAGCCUCCACUCCCUCCCGGUUACUUUGGCAACGUGAUUUUCUCAGCCGGGCCAUUCGCUACAGCAGGGGAUCUCCAAUCAAAACCGAUAUGGUAUGCUUCAAGCUGUAUACAAAAUACUUUGGCACGUAUGGACGAUGAGUAUCUUAGAUCAGCAAUCGACUAUCUUGAGCUUCAGCCGGAUCUUUCGGCACUUGUUCGCGGGGCUCAUAGUUUUCGCUGCCCAAAAAUGGGGAUUACUAGUUGGGCUAGGCUGCCGAUCCAUGAUGCUGAUUUCGGCUGGGGUCGACCCAUUUUCAUGGGACCUGGAGGGAUUGCAUUUGAAGGCUUGUGCUUCAUUUUACCGAGUGCAAGUAAAGACGGGAGCUUAUCAGUGGCCAUUUCACUCCAAUCUGAACAUAUGAAAUCGUUUUCGCAGUUCUUAUAUGACAUAUAACGGGGACAGGAGAUUGAAAAGCUUGAGAAGUUAAAAUUGGUUUGAAGCUUUUGAGGGGAUGCUUAUUACGUGUUACAACAUGAAGUGAUGCCAAAUAAAUGUUAUACACAUAUUUUUGAAGCUAGCUGAUCGAUGGGAAGCCACUAUUUAUUCGAUCUGGACAUUCAUUUUGUGUAUUGGUUAAUGUGUGUUGUUAGACUUCAUUAUAGUAGCUCUGUGGUCGACUUCUCCACAGGACUGCUGGACAGUGCUGUGAUCUUCAUAUUUUAGGAUCGAUUAGAGUUAUUUUUGGGCAAUUCGUAGUCUAUGAAGUGCUUUCAUAAAUGGCUCAAUUCUAAGAAAAGUCUGGUAGAGUAAAUCCACCAAUGAUUUGUUA